UAAAUGCUCUAUGAACUGCUCCAACACUGAUGGAAGUUAUACCUGUAGCUGUGAGGAUGGAUACAGGCUAGCGGUCGAUGGUUUCAAGUGUGAUGAUAUUGACGAGUGUGCAGAACAGCUGGAUGACUGUGAACAAGCCUGUACAAACACAGACGGCGGGUUUAACUGCUCGUGCGUCCCGGGAUUCAUUCAAGUCGGGGAUUCCUGUGAAGCCUCUGUAAAUUGCACCAGAACCGUCUGCACAAAUGCGGAUUGCUUUGUGGAGAAUGGAAUCGAGAGUUGCCUGUGUUUUUCUGGCUACAACUUCACCUACAAUGCCACAGUUUGCACUGACAUCAACGAAUGUUCAAGUGACACCCUGAAUGCCUGCGACCAGUUGUGUAACAACACAAACGGAGGUUACACGUGUGGUUGCGACAGUGGCUACAUGAUUGGUACUGAUGGUCGAGCAUGCACUGAUAUUGAUGAGUGUUCAGAGAGCAGCCUGAACGAUUGUGAUCCCAAUGCCUUCUGCAACAACAACCAGGGAGGGUACACCUGUAGCUGCAGACAGGGCUACAUCGGCAAUGGGACAUCCUGUGAAGAUUACGAUGAGUGUACAUUCGGCAGUCGUAUUGAGAAUUGCAGUGCGAAUGCUCAGUGUUUCAACUUCAACGGUGGUUUCAACUGCACCUGUCGGGACGGGUAUACAGGAGACGGCUUCUUCUGUGCCGAUGUGGAUGAGUGUACCGGUGAUUCAUCACAUUGCCAUGAGCAAGCAGUAUGCACAAACGUCCUGGGCAGCUUUGAAUGUACCUGCAAAGAUGGGUACAACGGCACCGGAACAGCAUGUGAAGACAUUGAUGAAUGUGAAGACGGAAUUAGUCAGUGUGAUGAAAAUGCAACUUGCACCAACACUGCUGGCUCCUACACCUGCACAUGUGAUGAUGGGUACAUUGGUACGGGGAGAACCUGUACAGAUGUGGACGAGUGUUUAAGUGGGCAAAAUAACUGCCAUGAACAGGCAUCAUGUCUAAACACGGAGGGCAGCUAUGUAUGCUCCUGCAAUACUGGUUUUACAGGCAUCGGGACGUCUUGUGAAGAUGAAGAUGAAUGUAAAAAAGGCACAGAUACCUGCACAGAAAACUCGGUGUGUACGAACACUGUCGGUUCCUUUACUUGUCCCUGUAAGCCUGGUUACUUCGGGAGUAACUGUGUGGAUGUCCAUGAGUGUGAGGACGGCAUUGACAACUGCCAUGACCACGCAGACUGUACAAACACCCCUGGUUCCUACAGCUGCACGUGUCACUCUGGUUACUUUGGAGAUGGAACGGUCUGUACAGAUAUUGAUGAAUGUGAAAACGGAACGACUCAGUGUGAUGGAAACGCAACGUGCACCAACACUGUCGGCUCCUAUACCUGUACAUGCAAUACUGGGUAUACAGGCACAGGGAGAACAUGUACGGAUGUUGAUGAGUGUGCAACACAGUCUGCCAACUGCGAUGACAACGCAAACUGUACGAACACUCCCGGCUCCUACAGCUGCAUGUGUAAUUCUGGUUACACUGGAAAUGGUACUGUCUGUACGGCAGUGACAACAGAAAUCACCCGAACUCCAACAACACCAAAACCAACAUCAAUGGCUGUCACUCCAGAGCCGCCAAAACCACGAAAGUUUGUACCAGCCCAAAUAACAAUGGAGAGGGACUUUAGGGAUGAAUACACUGACAGGACAUCAGCAGUGUAUAUGAAAUUAUCAUCACAGUUGAAAACAUCACUCUCUGCCAUCUACGCCAGAAUUCCUGGGUUCAUCGAGAUUAUCAUCCUUCAAUUAGUCGAGGGAAGUGUAAAGGCCCGAUAUGCCGCUGUUUUCGCCGUGGAAGAAUCUCAACCUGACAGCAUCAUCCAGGAUAUGGCUAGGACGAACCUUCAGCAGGCGAUCACUAGCGGCAGGUUUGACCCCGCGCUCCAGGUCACCAGCAGUAACAGCCUGCAGCCGAUUGUACUUACGGAAGAAGAGUUGGAGCAAGUGGUUGGAGGAUUCUGCCAGGAUGUGCAGUGUGGGGAGGGGGGCGUGUGUUCACGGAAUGAGCCGUACCCCGGAGCUGUCAUAGCGGAGUGCCAAUGUCAGGAAAACUUCUGCAACACGGGGACCUGUGAGUACAACGUUCAAGAGGGACCGAAAUGCACCUGCCCGGCAGUAGAGGGUUCUUGGUACGGAGGGGAGCGAUGUCAGAUCCGUUUGACCCAAGCGGACGUGAUCGGUAUUGCAGCAGGUUGUUUGUGUGCGUUGCUGGUGGUCGCCCUGCUGGUGGCUGUCUGUAUGGCCAAGAGGUCCAGACAUUCGGCAAAAAUGAAUUACAGGAUUAGCUCACCUCCCGUCACCCUACCCAACUACUACACCGCCUCAGAGUCGUGGCAACCGUUUCGUGGCCUUCCGGUCACUGACCUGAGUGAAGACCAGGACGACUACCUUUUCACCUGUGGAAUCCCUGGGAACCAGAGGAGGUCCUUUCUUUAACCCAAGUGUGGAGAAUAUACCAACUGGAGAGUUGAAGAUCCCUCGCCCAUCGGUGAUGAAACCAGUUUCUCCUAAACACGAUGAAGAUGAAGGCUGUUUCCAGACCUUUGAGUUCAAGUUCUGAACAUGAGAAACCGGCAGCGAGAAGCCAGUUACAAAUGAACAUCACGAUGACUAUGCAUAGUUAGUCUUGCAACAAAUGAAGAAUUAAAAACAGCUGAGGAAACGGUAAAUUUGACAAGCAUAAUAACACCUGUUACGUGGUGUUCCCUACACAGUCUAUUUAGAAAGAUUAUAUUUGAUAUCAUUCUUACAGAAUACGGUUACUUUUAUGUAUGUUUAUGAAUACAGCACGUUUCAAACAGCAAGGUUCCAACCAUACCGGUAAAAAGAAUUCGAAACUCUUUUCUCCCGCCAAGCCGUUUAAGGCAAGAUGGCGGACCGAAUCAAUGUUACAACAACGAGGACUACUGAGUGCCGUACGGUCUGGUGAAUAGGUCGGAAGAUGGUAGUAUUCAAAUUAAACUAGAUCAUUCCUGCGUAGAACUGUAACCAAAGUCUUCGUGAUCAUUUU